ACACGUGUUUUUAAAUCGUUCUAAAGAGCGACAAGUCGUGUUCUGUGGAUUUUGUAUUCUGUAAAUCUAUGAUGGAUUGCCAAGUGAAGCUGACUGUGCCUAUUUAUACAGGAGUGGAUAAAGAGCUAUUUCUUCGGGAGAUUUACACAAUGCGCCGUCCAGCCCUCUUGAAGGGCGUAGCCCUGGGGUCUUGCUGUGAUAAGUGGACGGUGGACUACCUGGCAGACCGAGGCGGAGCCAAGCCGGUGACAGUCCACGUGUCCCCAGAGCCACGGAUGGAUUUUCUGCACAAGAAUUUCCUUUACAGGACUCUGCCAUUUGAGGAGCUUAUCAGGAGGGCGGCAGAGGAGACACACUCGAACUUCUUUAUCUCAGAGAAAGAAAGUUACUACCUCCGCUCAUUAGGAGACGACCCCCGCAAAGACCCAGCUGAUUUGAGGAAGCAGUUUCCAGAGCUGGCAGAAGACUUUUGUAUCCCAGAGUUCUUUGAGGCUGAGCAGUUCUUUUCCUGCGUGUUUCGGAUUAGCUCCCGUGGCCUGCAGCUGUGGACACAUUAUGAUGUGAUGGACAACCUUCUGGCCCAGGUGAGUGGGAGGAAGCGUGUGGUUCUCUACAGCCCCCGAGAUGUACAAUACCUCUACCUAUCAGGAGACAAGUCUGAGGUCCUGGACAUUGACACUCCUGACUUGGAUCGUUUCCCUGACUUUGUGAAGGCCAGACGAUACGAGUGUGUGCUGAACCCAGGAGACCUGCUGUUCAUUCCUGCCCUGUGGUUCCACAACACCCUGGCUUUGGAAUUCGGGGUGGGGGUCAAUGUCUUCUGGCGCCAGCUGUCCCUCGAAAGCUACGACAAAAGAGACCCAUAUGGGAACAAGGACCCGGUAGCAGUGAGUCGGGCCAUGCAGACUAUGGACCGGGCCCUGCGGGCACUGGAUGACCUGCCCCCUGAUUACCGUGACUUCUAUGCUCGUCGGAUGGUGCUACAAAUCCAGAGUCGUGCCUACUCCACUGAUCCGGAAAAGACAGGGCAGCCACACGAGAAAGCAGGAAGUAUGGCCACGGCAGACAUGGACACUUCCGGGUAUAGCAGCCCGCUUUCUUAAAUGGACCAACUUGUGACCUCAUCACCUAUGGUGUUUAUGACUGGCAGUAUCUAGGAAUUGGAGGGAAAUAGAGAUUGAGUGUUUUUCAUAUCACUCAAGUCAAACUUUGGCCUCGAGAGGAGUGAUAUUCAGUCCUCUACAGGCCCUGCGCUGGUUCGUCUUCGUAAGACCUCCGCAGAAUAGAGAGAGACUGAGCGAGACACUAGCUUGGUCCAGAUCAAGUAUGAAUCUGACAAGCAGGUUUCCCUGUGUGUGUGUUGUGGAAUUUUGAGGUGCAUUUUAUCUAAAUAAAGCUGAAUACUUCGCUUA